UUGAGCCGUCUGUGUGACAUUCUCUUAAUUAUUUACACUUUUUGUGACCAUUUUACCUACACAAUGAACACUUUUGCCAAAUUAUUUGUUAGGUCAUGGCGUUCAGAAGCCAACCAAAGGUUACUACUGCAGAGAUUCUACGCGGCGGGCGGCACUGGUUCAAAAGAAAACUUGGACAGACUUGUGAAGAAUGAAAAGGUUGUAGUUUUCAUGAAAGGUGUUCCUGAGCAGCCGAUGUGUGGGUUCAGCAAUGCUGUUGUACAGAUACUGAGAAUGCAUGGGGUGGAGAAAUAUGACAGCCAUAAUGUACUGGAAGAUGAGGAACUCAGGCAAGGUAUAAAGGAGUAUUCUGACUGGCCGACCAUACCACAGAUCUAUUUCAACGGUGAGUUUGUUGGUGGCUGUGACAUCAUGUUACAAAUGCAUCAAAGUGGGGAUCUCGUGGAGGAGCUUCAGAAACUGGGUAUCCAUUCUGCCUUAGUCGACAAUCCCGAUGCUGAGACCAAGUCAUAACCAACGUAGAAAGAAGUCAUAGAAACAUUGAGAGAGUUGAACUCGUAGAGUCGGAAACCUGUCGUCAUCACAGAGAAGCUGACUGAAAUGCAUGGACUGGCAGAUCCCCCUAGAGGCAGGAUGUGGAGACACUGCUACACACUUGUACAUCCAAACUGGCGACUACAGCUAGGGCUGUCAUCAUGGGUGUGUUCGAUUAGCUUCCCUGGGUCUACCUUGCGGUGCUCACUCAGGUGAGCCCCUGACAAGAGCUAAACAUAUGAUCACUCACCCGAUUGAGGUCAUAUACCUGGGGCCAGCCCCCAAAUGAUUGACCCACUCCAUAAGCAUGGCACUGGGGGCUGACCCGGGUGAGCCCCUGGAAUGACUUCAAAGCUAUUCAAACGCACCGGGGGCAGACCGUUGUCGACCCAGGGAAGCUAAACGAACGCACCCUAUGAUAUAGGACCUCCUGAGCAACUGUUGUAGCCAGAACUGUAGACGCCAAACCGAACACGGCCUUAGUUCUGUGUACACUACCAUACAUUGGAGUUCCUUCUUCCAGGGGCCUUUCUCAAACCCCAGCUGGGCUCCGUGUCCCGCUUGGGCUCUGCGUGGGUAGUGGAAACACAGCUCGGAGUAGCGUGUAUUUUCGCACAACGGACAGCGCAUCAAAGCCCCUUUUUCCUUCCCACAACGCCUUUCGACAUUUCAGAAAAAUCAUCCAGGCAGGAAUCGCGAUAAGGUCUACAGAGCCAGAGCCCAAGCUGAGUUUUGAGAAAUGCACCUAACUCCGUAUUGUAUUUUAUAAUAAUUAAGUCUUAAUUGUUAUCAAAGAAUCUGAUUUUGUUUUAGGACAGCCAUUGAGGCAUUUACAUUUUGUACAAGAUUGAAAAUGUCUUAUAUUAUUGAAAGUGCAUUAUUAACAUCGUCUCCUGACGAUGACUAGAGCAAGCUAGUCGAAACGUUGAGACCAAUUUCAGAACUGACUCCACGGCAGUACAG